AUGUCGGUUGCAAAAUCUAUUUUACUUUCUUCAGGUAAUUCGAUCCCAUCCGUUGGAUUAGGGUGUUACGAUAUCCCCAACAGAUUAACAGAAGAAAUUGUGUACCAAGCUUGUAAAGUAGGUUAUAGACAUUUUGAUACCGCAGUACUUUACCACAAUGAAUUCGAAGUAGGACAGGGAAUUCAGAGAUGGAUCAAGGAAGACCCCCAAAACAAUAAGAGAGAAGAUAUAUUUUACACUACAAAACUUUGGAACUCGGAAUGUGGAUAUCAGAAUGCCAAGCAGGCCAUUGAUAGAUGUUUGGCCAAAGUUGAAGGGUUAAAGUAUAUAGAUUUGUUGCUCAUCCACUCUCCAUUAUGUGGUCCAGUGAAGAGACUUGAAACUUGGAAAGCUCUUCAAGAAGGCGUAGAUUCGGGAAUAAUAAGAAAUAUUGGAGUUUCCAACUACGGUGUUAAGCAUUUACAAGAGUUGCUCGGCUGGAAAGACUUGAAAUACAAGCCCGUGGUUAACCAGAUAGAGAUUAGUCCAUGGGUCAUGAGACAGGAGUUGGCAGAUUGGUGUAGGGCACACGAUAUCCAGGUCGAAGCGUACGCUCCAUUGACGCAUGGGUACAAGGUGACCCACUCUAUCAUAUCUGCGAUUGCUGAAAAGUAUGGCGUGCUGCCAGUGCAGGUUUUAAUCAGAUGGUCACUUCAAAAGGGGAAUAUUCCCUUGCCUAAGACGAAGACUGCGUCAAGAUUGAAGAGCAAUCUUGAUGUGUAUGGCUUUGAAUUGACCGCAAGUGAAAUUGAAGAGAUCGAUCAACCUGACGCUUAUGAGCCCACAGACUGGGAGUGUACUGAUGCUCCAUAG